UCAAAGGAUAAAUACCAGGUCACAUCGGACUUCAGGGUUGAGAAACAGGAGUGAAGACACGAGGAGCCUUACAGACAAGAUGAAGACGCUGCUGUUGCUGAGUCUGUGCGUGUACGUCGCCUGGGCUCAAGAUAAUCUGGACUUUGACGACUACGACAUAGAAGCCACAAACUCGCCAGAUGUCAAUAGAACAUCGGUAGAUGCCCGUGGUCACCGUCCUCUCGUGAAGGGCCGGGAAAGCUACACCCCAAGCCGCUAUUCCCCACCACCUAUUAGCAAUGGUGGCAGGUAUCGCGGCCGCCCCACACCAGCUCCAGUCCGAGGAUCACAUUCACAGGAGGAGGAGCAGCCCGAGGCUGGAGGAUGCACCCACGCCGCAAAGGAGAUGGGUGUUUUGUGUCCCACGGGCUGUGAGCUGAAGACCAUGCUGCUGAAACAAGAGAGGAACGUCAGGACGAGUAUUAACGAACUCAAGCCUCAGGUGGACCAAUUGUCCAGAAGCAGCAACAACAUCUACAACUACGUCAGCAGCAUGUCCAACUCUCUGAGGGAGAGACAGAGAAUUGUCGGUGACAACAGCAGGGUGGUGGGUCGGUACACUGAUCGAGUGGAGGACCAACACGCCUACAUCAAGGAGACGGUGGACACUGUCUUCCCUUCCAGCAUCAGAGUCCUCGAGGGGGUCCUGGACAAGGUCAGGCUGAAGAUCCAGAAGUUGGAGAAGGCCAUCCAGGCCCAGAGGGAGCUGUGCAAGGAGCCCUGCAAGACCAGCUGUCCCAUACCUGUUGUGUCUGGUAAGGAGUGCGAGGAAAUCUACCGCCGUGGAGGAAGAGACUCCCAGAUGUACCUGAUCCAGCCCGACAGCUUCUAUCCACCGUACAAGGUCUUCUGUGAUCAGACCACCAAUAACGGAGGGUGGGUGCUCAUCCAGAGCAGGCUCGAUGGCAGCGUUGACUUUGGCCGACGCUGGGACGAAUAUCGACGAGGGUUCGGCAACAUCGCCUUCGAUGCCGGAAAGGGUCACUGUGAGACUCCAGGUGAAUACUGGCUGGGCAACGAGCGCAUCAGUCAGCUGACCAAGAUGGCUGCCACGGAGGUUCUCAUCGAGAUGCAGGACUGGACAGGAGACAAGGUCCAUGCCCAGUAUCGCCAAUUCACCAUCCAAUCAGACACGUCCAACUACGUGAUGGCAGUUGAUGGUUACUCUGGCAACGCCGGCAACUGUUUGCUGGAAGGAUCCUUGGAGUUGUUCGGCAUAAACCGAACCAUGACCAUACACAACGGCAUGAUGUUCAGCACCUACGACAGAGACAACGACAACUGGACCCCUGGCGAUCCCUCCAAACAGUGCUCUCGGGAGGAUGGAGGUGGCUGGUGGUAUAACCGCUGCCACUCGGCCAAUCCCAAUGGGCGAUACUACACCACUGGAGCCUACACGCAACAAAUGGCCAAGCAUGGCACAGACGAUGGCGUGGUGUGGAUGAACUGGAAGGGGAGCUGGUAUUCACUCAAGGCCAUCAGCAUGAAAAUCAGGCCGUUCUUCGACAGUUAAAUAUUUCGGAGACAGGCACAUUCAAACGCAACUUUAUUCAUCUCAAUGAAAUAAAUGAAAAUAAAAUCUCUUAACUAACAUGCAGCAUCAAGCUAAAAGUAAAAAUUCAGUAAGAGGACAUAAAAACUGUCAGAUAGAGUUUGAUACCUGAUUGGUUGUGAGCAAAUGUGAUGUCUUCAGUGGGGACUACCAAGAUGAGUUGACUUACUGUCCACAGCUACUCAAUAAAGAUAUUGAGAAACAUA